GCCUUGCUGCUGGGACAGCUCUCAGCUCCUUCUGCCUGCAAUGGCUGGAUCCCCUUCUCCACUGAUGACCUCAGAAGGGGAGUAACUUGACCCCAUCCCGCAGCAGGAGCCGUAACCGACUCCUCUUCAGAGCAUGGGGAAGCUGCUACGUGGAACCAGGGGAGCACCUUGGAAAGCCAGCUCUUAUGGGCUUCCAGGCGUGGCGUAGCAGUAGAGAAACAAGAGAGCCCAGGCUUUCUCCAAGGAUACAGAAGAGAAGAUGAAUGAGAACCAGCAACAAGGAUUUCCCGGUUCCUGAGCCUCACGUGAUAGUCCGGAUGGAACAAGAGGGAGAGCCACGUGUCCGGGAUUCCCAGGACUUGAGGGAAGCGGAGCUGCCAGGAGGCACCUGUGCAGCCACCGAUGGAAGUGCGAGUGAGAACGAGGGGGAGAUGCCCCAAGAGGGUGGCGCUGAGCCGCAGGGGCCCGUCUCUGAAAGCCUCAGGGAGGCUGUCUCGCAGAGUCCCGAUCCGGAGAAAGCUUGCGAGAGUCAGGGCCGGCCGGAAAGGCAGCGGAGAAAGACCCCGGGCAAGAGGCUGGUUAAAUCCGCCACCCAGUGCGAGAAAGGCUUCCGGAAACUCAAGGACAUCCUGGUGCUGCGGCGAUCACAUUCCCGGCUGAGACCCACCAUCUGCAGCGAGUGCGGCAAAGGCUUCAGCCGGAGCUCCGACCUCAUCCGGCACCAGAUCACCCACACUGGUGAAAAACCCUACACCUGUGCCGACUGCGGCAAAGGCUUCAGCCAGAACUCCAAUCUGGUGACCCACCAGCGCAUCCACACCGGUGAGAAGCCCUACCAGUGCAGGGACUGCGAGAAACGCUUCAGCGAGAGCUCCGCCCUCAUCCAGCACCAGCGCACCCACACUGGUGAGAAACCCUACAAGUGCGGGGAGUGCGGGAAGCGCUUCAGCGUCAGCUCCAACCUCAUCCGCCACCGCCGGACCCACACCGACGAGAAGCCCUACAUAUGCAUCGAAUGCGGCGAGAGCUUCCGCCACAAGUCGCAACUGAGACGGCACCAGAAGCUGCAUGGGGGGAUGGUGGUGCGGCACCGCGGGGCCACCGGCCGGCAACGGCCCUUCAUCUGUAACGAGUGUGGCAAGAGCUUCAGCCACUGGUCGAAGCUGCUGCGGCACCAGCGGACUCACACCGGCGAGCGGCCCAGCACCUGCAGCGAGUGCGGCAAAAGCUUCAGCCAGAACUCGCACCUGGUGCAGCACCGGCGCACCCACACCGGCGAGAAGCCCUACCGCUGCGGCGACUGCGGCAAGAGCUUCAGCUGGAGCUCCAACCUCAUCCAGCACCAGCGCAUCCACACCGGCGAGAAGCCCUACCAGUGUGGGGAGUGCGGCAAGAGCUUCACCCAGAGCAAGAACCUCAUCAAGCACCAGCGUACCCACUCGGGCGCCCGCCCCCACCGCUGCACCGAAUGCGGCCGCGGCUUCACCCAGAGCACCAACCUCCUCAAGCACCAGCGGCUCCACGCCGCCCGCCAGAGCCAGCCCUGCCCCGAGUGCGGCCAGGCCUUCCGCGAGAGCGCCGAGCUGGAGCGCCACCGGGCCGAAGCCCACGGGCACGAGCCCUACAUCUGCGUGGAAUGCGGGGAGAGCUUUGCCAAGAGCGCCACGCUCAACCGGCACAAGAGGGUCCACAAGCCCCUUUUCGUGCGCUGAGCGACAGGUGUGGAGCGGGGCCGUGCCCGUCACGUGACCACGCGUGGCAUCAAGAUGCGCUCCGUGUGGUUCAGCAUGUGGCUGGCCGCAGUGUUGAUGCCUCCAAAGCAUGACUAUGCCGGUCACGUGACCAGCCCCAGCAUCGCCGGACGUGGCUGUCCACGGUAUUGGUGUGUGCUGAGCGGGGCCCUCCACCAUUAUCGACGCAUGUUGAGCAUGCCUGUGCCAUCCAUGACAUUGCUGAGCAUGCCCGUGGCCCGUCAUGUGACCUUCCAUGAUCUCAACGAGCACUUAGCGUUGGCAAGAUACGUGGCUGUCUAUGGCGUCACAUGGCCAGCCACUAGAUUGGCCACACGCGACCCGCACACACAGUGUCAACGUUGUGGUCAAAGCCUUGGAAAGCAGACCUCAAAAAACUCACAGGGGACAGAGCUACAGAUGUACAUAAGGUGGGG